AUGACCACGACCACAAGAGACUCUCCCGUCUCCGUCGGGACAAGCGUGGCAAAUAGUGAUGAUAGUCAUAAAGAUAUGAGAAAUUCUCAAUUAAAAAGAACAAAAACAAAGAUAAAAAACAGAAUACCAAAAGGAAAUGGGCGCCGCGUGUAUGCAAAGUUAUCUUUACCUGGGCAUUUACUGGACCGUAAGGGUCAACCUAAUAUCAAAUAUGUUUCAAAUAAAAUAAUCACUUCGAAGUAUACAUUAUUGACUUUUCUGCCGAAAAACUUGUUCGAACAAUUUCGAAGGGCUGCCAACUUGUAUUUCUUGCUCAUGGCCAUCCUUGGCCUGAUACCUACCUUCAGUUCAAAUUCUCCGAUAUUGGCAUUACUUCCUCUAUCCACCGUCGUGUUCUUCACGGCAUGCAAAGACGCAGUGGAGGACCGAAAUCGGCAUCAAAUUGACGAGCAAUUUAACAGUGCAACUUGUUACCAUUUGCAAAAUUUUGUUAAUGUCAACUAUCCUGUUCAUCCAAAAAUCCCAUACUGGAAGAGAUAUCUUCUUAAGAUCAAAUUGUUCUUCAAUGGCCUGCGGAAAAAAAAGCAAGAUACACCAAAAAUUGUAAUUGACGAUAAAGAUGAUGAUACUAUCCCGUCUGAACCAUCAAAUGAGAUAAAUGGUCCACCUGCGUUUAAGAAAGUGAUGUGGAGAAAUAUUCGUGUGGGGGACUUUUUGUUUCUUAGAAAUGGAGAUGCCGUACCAGCCGAUGCAAUUAUCUUGUCGACCUCGGAGCCAGCGGGAACUUGCUUUGUGGAGACAAAGGAUCUGGACGGCGAAACCAAUCUCAAGCCUCGUCGAUGUGUUCAGGACACGAAGAACAUACGUUCGGCCGAAGAUUGUGCUAAUGCGUGUUUCUGGGUGGAAUCCGAGGCACCAAACUCAAAUCUAUUUAGCUAUAAUGCGACUUUGGUCAUACCCGAUUCGGAGUCGGAUGAUCAAGAACAGGUUCGCACUUCUUUCACAGAUGAAAGGGAUCUGACCGCGCAGAAUGGUUUAUCAAAUGAAUUAAAAACAAAGAAAAAUAUUCCUGUAGAUAUAAAUAAUCUAUUAUUGCGUGCGCAUGUUAUUAGAAACACAGAAUGGGUGAUAGCUAUAACCAUCUUCACAGGAGUGGAAACUAAAAUAAUGCUUAAUUCCGGAGAGACCCCAAGUAAGAGAAGCAGAAUUGAAAAGGAGAUGAACAAAGAAGUCAUCCUCAACUUUUUAGUACUCAUCGUGCUUGCUUUAAUUUGUGCUAUUGGAAGUGGAGUAGCCAUAGAAGUUGUAAAACACUAUCAUGGACAAUCGAUUGUGAAUAAUAUAGACUCUAAUCGUGAUCCCUUACCAUAUGCCUCGUUCUUAACAUUUUGGUCAGGUUUAAUUAUAUUUCAAAAUAUAAUACCAAUUUCCUUAUAUAUUUCGAUCGAAUUUGUGAAAGGCUUCCAGGCAUUUUUCAUUUUUAACGAUCUUGAUAUGUGGGAUGAAGAUUCACAAUCUCCUUGUUGGAAUCUCUCCGAUGACUUGGGGCAAAUCGAAUAUAUAUUUUCCGACAAGACUGGCACGUUGACUCGUAAUGUGAUGGAAUUUCGUCAAUGCUCUAUUGGCGGUAAAGUUUACGGUAAAAAUGGCUGGGGAGGAAAAACUGAUGCUGAGAUAGGAAAAGAAAUGAUGGAAGAAAAAAAUGUUCUCAAGAAUGAUCAUGAAAAUCAAGAUGAAAUAUUCAGGCAGUAUCUAGAGGAAAUGGCGAAGGUUUUUGGUCCAAAGUAUUCAAGCACGAAUAAGGACUUCCUGACAUUUGUAGAUCCGGAAAUAUAUCGAGAUUUGAGGGUUGACGGCAAUGGCUCUGAUGUUGGUGGUGACGAUGAUGACAAGAUCAAUGUGGAGUAUGAUGUUCAAAACAGAGCGCAUCUAAUUAAGGAAUUUUUCAUGUUACUAGCUGUCUGUCAUACGGUUGUGGUAGAUGAAACCCCGAGUAACGGAGAAAAUGCUCAGGACGCUAUGAUCAACGGCAGCGAUAGGGGUGAAGCUUCUAUAACAGAAGCUCCACCGGAUGUCACAGGCUCGGUGAAUUUAUCACCACAGACAGAAGAUGAAAAAAAUUCUGAUCCAAAUCAUUCCACCUUAAAUUUAGCCGUGAGAAAAGUUAAGAGUUCGCUCAAAGAGAUCAUUCCAUCACUCAAAGGUAUAAACUCAGUCUCCAACUUAAUUUCACUUCCGGAACGUAAGCCUGACCUUAAAGAAAUCGAUAGAACUGUUGCACAUAACAUUGUAUAUAAGGCAGAAUCUCCGGAUGAGGCAGCUUUGGUGUCUGCAGCAAAGAAUAUAGGAUUUACUUUUCUCUCACGAACUAUCAAUUCGAUGACAAUCGAUAUUUUUGGGAGUGAGUACACCUUUGAUAUUCUAAACAUUCUAGAAUUCAAUUCGACAAGAAAAAGAAUGAGUGUAAUAGUACGUCGUCCCGCGGAGUUAGGUGGCGGCAUAGUCUUAUUCUGUAAGGGAGCCGAUAAUGUGAUCAUCGAAAGACUGGCGGAUGGCCAAGAGGCACUAAUUGAAAGAACGUCGCAAGAUAUUGUGGAUUUUUCUAAUGAUGGCCUAAGAACUUUGACUUUGGCAUACCGCGUUUUAAGUGAAACUCAAUACGACGCAUGGUCCAAAAGAUAUCAAGUCGCUGCAACUUCAGUGAGUGAUCGUUCCAGCAAGAUAGGCGCGGUCUCCGAAGAGAUCGAAAAAGACCUAAUUCUUUUGGGUGCAACUGCCAUCGAAGAUAAACUUCAAGAGGGUGUUCCGGAUUGUAUUUCAUCGCUUCGAGAAGGAGGAUGUAAAGUAUGGGUUUUGACCGGUGAUAAGCUGGAAACUGCCAUAAAUAUCGGAUUUGCGGCUCAAUUGUUGACAAAGGAAAUGACUCUUCAUAUUGUGAAAGGAUCAAAAAAACAGAAUGUAAUGGACGAACUAGCCAAACUUGCAACAUCGUUAGUAAAAGAGGCCGUGAAAAGUGAAGAGCAACAUGCCCUUGUUGUGGAUGGUGCGGCGUUGGUUCAUUUGUUGGAUGAUGUAACUUGCCGUCAGCAACUGCUGGAGUUGGCGGAGGUAUUCCGCUCGGUAAUAUGUUGUCGUGUGAGUCCUUUACAAAAAGCUUUGGUUGUUGAAUUGGUGCGCCGAGGAAAAAAAUCUACCACGCUUGCUAUUGGAGAUGGUGCUAAUGAUGUAAGCAUGAUUCAAGCAGCUAACGUCGGCGUUGGUAUAUCGGGACAAGAAGGUGUUCAAGCAUCGAUGGCAGCUGAUUAUUCUAUUGCGCAAUUUCGUUUUCUAAGCAAGCUCCUGCUGGUUCAUGGACAUUGGGAUUAUAUGCGUAUAUCGGAGAUGAUCUUAAAUUUCUUUUAUAAGAAUGCCAUAUGGGUAUUUCCCGUGUUGUGGUAUCAGAUAUAUUGCAUGUUUUCAGCCAAUAUAUUUUAUGAUUAUAGUUUCGUACAGUUAUAUAACAUGCUAUUCACGGUUGGUCCUGUGAUCAUUCUAGGAACCACUGAUCAAUCCGUUAGCGCUUCAUAUUGCCUGAAAUACCCUAGAGUUUAUCGUUUGGCAUCUGCAAGCGUCGAACAAGGUUUAGAUUACGAUGCCGGUGCGACAGAGUUCUCAACUGCGGUUGCGUUUACGGCAAUUUUGAUAGCAAACUUAUUUGUCGGGUUCAACACAUAUUACUGGUCCUGGUUCGUAUGGGCCGUAGAAAUAUGUGAAAUAGUGUUUCUCUUUGCAUACGUCCUUGUCUAUGGGUAUUUUCCGGACACACUUCAUGACAUAGCCAAAACAUUAUUCGGCAGUGGGUCAUUUUGGUUUGGCUUGAUAUUCUCAAUCUUUCUGUCGGGUCUGCCACGAUACGUAAUAACAUUUGUGAAGCAGUGGUGGUUUCCUGAUGAUCUUGAUAUA